AUGUUAAGUGUUAGUUUAGCACUUACUGCAGGGUUCUGUGCGGCAAUUGCCUCACUUUGUGCAAAGCUCGCUUUCUCCCCUGAAAUCGUGUUUAAGGAUGUGUGCGAGUCGGUUGAUUUUUGGAUAGUAGAAUGCUCUGGCCACUGUGAUAAGGUAAGUAUUAAAGUAAUGAGUUUUGUUCGUGCUUCUAUAUAUUGUUGAACCUAUUAAAGGCGUUUGUUAGCAAUGAUAGGCUAGAAAACAUGUCAAAAUAUGGCUGUUUAUCAUAUGUAUGAUAUCAAUUACUUCAAAAGUUAACCAUCCCCCCCCCCCCCGGGCCCUGACAUGGCAAGGGAAUUUGAAGUACACACGGAAAAGUCUCGCAUCUUGUAGCAAGUCUGCCAACAAGCCGUCAAUAAGUUGUGUUCACACUGCUUGUCCCAAGUUAUCAACAAGGAUUUGUUGAUAUUAUCAGACUGUUGCAAGGUUGUUCCAACAAGUCCGAUACAGUCAUGAUGUAACAAUAUUAUUUAUAACCUUAAAGACUAUGUCAGGAAGUCCGUAAUGUAAACAAAUCCUUUGUUUACAUUUUGAACUGAUAUAUUUGUAAAAUAAGACUAUACCAACUUAAUAUGGAACACUUUUCUGGUUCGCAAUUGUAAAUGAAUAUAAACUAGAGUACGUUUCAAUUCAAUAAAGUUUGAAAGAUGCAAAAUUUUUUGCAAUGUGUAUAUCUGUGGGUUCCUCUUUGUUAUGAGCAGAACUGAUGCGCAGAACGGAGUGGACAUGGUCUUUAACUUAAACUUGGUCAAAUUACUGCCAGAUUACCUCAAACUGUAUUUUCGAGACGUGGAUCGGCAAACCUCAAAAUGUCAGAACAAAUCAGUAGAAUAAUAUAGUAUAUACAAACUUCAACAAGUUGUGUUGAUCAUUACUGAUCUAGUUGAUAGGUACUGUAAGUGUUUAACUUAGUUUGUGAUGAAUAAUAAAACCACUAAAUCUUAUUAAUUAUUAACAUAAUAACAAAAUCCAACACAGACCUUGUUAACUCGAACCUCCACAAUUUUUCGCUUCCCUUAGGAGUUUGAGUUAGCAGGAGGUCUAUUGUAUUGAAAAUUUUCUAGUUCAAAUAUUCUGUAUUUAGCUAAUUUUGUUCUUAAUUAAAUUUCAGAUAAUUUUGCUGUCGAGAAUUAUCUUAUUUGUUUUGACAUUUCUGUGUAAUGGUUUAAUGUGGACGUUAUUUGUGAAGUCAAUGCGGAAUUCAUCAUCUGCUCAAGCUCUGAUCACUAACAGUGCAUCGAAUUUUAUAUCCAGCGUGAGUAAAGUCUCUGAUUUGUUAGCAAAUUGGUGACCUUACCUUACGAUCACCAGCAAAGGGGCAGCGCUAACUAGGAAUUAAAAAAGAAUUUUCUUCCUGGGAGCACAACAUGACAAAAAUUUCCUGUAGACCAACGGAGUAUUUUAAUUUGUGCUAAAUCUGCAUGUGCAUAAACAAAUAGUGUUCUAGCUGAUCAUGGUUUUAAAUUCAAGGAAUAAUGUUUGUCAACCAUAUGUUGUUGUGCCCAUAGUGGGACAUGGGUGUUAAGAUUUCCUUCAAAUUUUCAAUAACAAAUCUUCAUUCAAACAAAUUUCCUGCAGCUGUUUAACAUUUCCUGCGAGCAGUGCUCGCCUAUUUUUUCCACUCCUGACCAGCAAUCCUCUGCAAUCUUUCAAAUUAUAUGUCCACUCCCCACCCCGUCACACAUUCAAGCAUGACUCCCCCUGCAAUCUCUAGAAGGCACAAGUUGUUACAGGUCUGCAAACAAGUUGUUACAAAUCUGUUCACAAGCUGUCGACAAGUUGUGUUCGCACUGCUUGUUCCCAGUUGUUGUAACAAGUUUGGAACAAGCUGUUAACAACUUGUAACGACCUUGAUGGCUUUAUCAGACUUGUUACAAGGUUGUUCUAACAAGUCUGAUACAGUCAUGAUAUAACAAGAAUGUUACAAGGUUGUAUUUAAAGACCUUUAAACAUAUCAUGACUGCAUCAGACUUGUUGGAACAACCUUGCAACAAGUCUGAUAAUAUCAACAAGGUUGUUACAAGUUGUUAACAGCUUGUUCCAAACUUGUUGACAACUUGGGACAAGCAGUGCGAACACAACUUGUUGAUGGCUUGUUGGCAGACUUGCUACAAGAUGUGAGAUUUUUGUGUGUGUACGCAUGUAAAAAGGCAAAAGUUGCAACAAGUCUGCAAACAAGUUGUUACAAAUCUGUUCACAAGCUGUCAACAAGUUGUGUUCGCACUGCUUGUUCCCAGUUGUUGUAACAAGUUUGAAACAAGCUGUUAACAACUUGUAACAAGCUUGAUGGCAUUAUCAGACUUGUUACAAGAUUGUGCUAACAAGUUUGUUACAGCCAUGAUAUAACAAGGAUGUUACAAGGUUGUCAACUCAAGGUUGUAACAAUCUUGUUAUAUCAAGCAUGUCACAGACUUGUCAGAACAACCUUGCAACAAGUCUGAUAAUUUUGACAAGGUUGUUACAAGUUGUCAACAAGUUGUUCCAAACCUGUUGACAAACUUGUUACAAAAUGAGAGAUGUUUGUGUGUGUACCUGGAAAAUAUCAUCAUGUAGCAAGUCUGCCAACAAGCUGUCAACAAGUUGUGUUCGCACUGCUAGUCCCAAGUUGUCAACAAGUUUGAAACAAGCUGUUAACAACUUGUAACAAGCUUGAUGAUAUUAUCAGACUUGUUGCAAGGUCAUAAUGUAACAAAUCCGAUACAGUUAUGAUAUAGCAAUAUUGUUACAACCUUGUGUCAUCAACCUUGUAACAUUCUUGUUAUGACUGUAUCAAACUUGUUAGAACAACCUUGUGACAAGUCUGAUAAUGCCAUCAAGCUUGUUACAAGUUGUUAACAGCUUGUUCCAAACUUGUUACAACAACUGGGAACAAGCAGUGCUAACACAACUUGUUGACAGCUCGUGUCAACAGUUUGUAACAACUUGUUUGCAGAUCCAAAUAUUUUGAGAAUUAAGCAAGAUACAUAUAGACAAAUGGACCUUUCCCCUUAUAACUAAAAUUUCGAUCUAGACAAAAAUUUCAUCACAGCUUGAAAGAACAUCACAAAAUUAGUAAUAUUCCAACGUUUUGUUGCAAAAUCUUGUAAAAUGCGGAUGAUAUAGCCUUGCGAAGUUUGUCGUUUUUCAGUCAUUUUGUAUUACAAACGGGAAAUUGGCAUCCGAUUCGGGUGUUGGGGCUGCAAUUUCCCGUUUGUAAUGCAAAACGACUGAAAAUUGCAAACUUUGCAAGGCCCUAUUUCCCUCAUUUUACAACAUUUCGCAACGAAACUUUGGAAUAUUACUAAUUUUGUGAUGCUCUUUCAAGCUGUGAUGAAAUUUUUGUCUAGACUUGCCUAGAUCAAAAUUUUGGUUAUAAGGGGAAAGGUCUAUUGGUAAUGAAGUUUAAUAUAUCAUUUUAAGAGUUCUCUUGAAUGAGACAAAAUAAGUUUUUAUUCACCAAUGUGAUUUAAACAUCAAAAUAAUGAGUUGUGUAUUCCGUUGUGUUCCAGGCGUUAUUUGGUAAAUUUUUCUUUGGUGAAAUCUUAUCGAUGCAGUGGUGGUUGGGAGCAUCGUUGAUCAUAUUGGGACUAUAUAUAAUCAAUAAAAACAAAAUUGCUGAUGAUGUAACAGUAACAGGACAUAAGAAAGAUUGUUGA